AUGGCCGAUGCCUUGGCUACCUUAGCUUCUAUGGUCAAAGUGAACAAACAAGAGGAUGUAAAACCUAUCCAGAUGAGCAUUUAUGAGUCUCUGACCUAUUGCUACAACAUCGAGGAAGAAGAAAUAGAUGAUCGCCUUUGGUACCAUGACAUAUUGCGAUAUGUAAAGAACCGUGAAUACCUUGAGCAAGCAACCGAGAAUGAUAAAAGGACUCUAAGAAGGCUGGCCAAUGAGUACAUCCUAGAUAGGGAGAUCCUAUACAAAAGAAUAAAGGACCAAGUGUUCCUAAGGUGUGUAGAUGCUAUUGAGGCCAAGAAAAUCCUAUAA